AUUACACAUAAUUCAAACAAAAAACAGGCCCAAUCAAUAUCUCCAACUAUUAAACACACACCCUAUCCAAAACCCUAAUUUCCACCAUCUCAACCGCCACACCUUCAAUUCUCCUCGGCGCUCUGCAACUAAUCGCCUGCAAAAAUGCCGUUCAAGAGGUACGUUGAGAUCGGAAGAAUCGCCCUCGUUAACUAUGGAAAGGAUUACGGAAAGCUCGUUGUGAUCGUCGAUGUUAUCGAUCAAAACAGGGCUCUUGUUGACUCUCCUGACAUGGUGAGAGGCCAAAUGAACUUCAAGAGGCUAACACUUACCGACAUCAAAAUUGACAUCAAAAGAGUUCCAAACAAGAAGACUCUUAUUGCUGCUAUGGAGGCUGCUGAUGUCAAGAACAAAUGGGAAAACAGCUCAUGGGGAAGGAAACUCAUUGUUCAAAAGAAGAGAGCCUCACUUAACGAUUUUGACAGGUUCAAGAUCAUGUUGGCUAAGAUCAAGAAAGCGGGAGUCGUUAGGCAAGAGCUCGCCAAGCUAAAGAAGGAGACCGCUUAAUUUGUAUGAAUGUCGAGAUUUUGAUGCACUUUAUUUGAAUUAUUGUUGAGUAGACCAGUGUUGGUUUUUAGGAGUUUAUGUUUCACUUCUUACAACAGAUUAAGGGGAUGUUUAGAACCGUUUCAUUCAAUUUUGAACUUCCAUGUUUGCUGGUUUGUUAACCAGGUUGUGUUUCGGAUUGACUUA